GCGCCGGGGCGCAGGCUGCAGCAGCGGUAACCGGGACAGACAAGGGAGUUGGCUAGCGGGCGGUUGGGAGGGAGAGAAAGCGGAAGGAAGGGACACCCCCCGAGAGCACUCGCACCCCGCAAGCCGGCCCGAGAGGAGCCCCCAAGGCGUGGGGGCGUCCGCGGAGGAGGGAGGAAGAGGAAGAGGACAGCAGCAGCUGCGCCCGGCGGCAGCAGCACCGGCCCGGCCCAGGCCCCCGGUGGCCACGGUGCGCUCUCUGAAGGCCGGCCAAACAGCCGCGCCCGGUUCCGCACAGGCGGCGGCGGCGGCGUCUUCGCCGUCGGGGCCCGGGGGCUCCUCGUCCUCGGCCGCCGCCCCGGGCCUGCCCCCGUCCCCCCAGGUGUCCCCGCGGCCGCCGCCGCCGCCGGCCGGCCUGGCCAUGGCGGCCAUCCGCAAGAAGUUGGUGGUGGUGGGCGACGGCGCGUGCGGCAAGACGUGCCUGCUGAUCGUGUUCAGCAAGGACGAGUUCCCCGAGGUGUACGUGCCCACGGUGUUCGAGAACUACGUGGCCGACAUCGAGGUGGACGGCAAGCAGGUGGAGCUGGCGCUCUGGGACACGGCCGGCCAGGAGGACUACGACCGGCUGCGGCCGCUCUCCUACCCGGACACGGACGUGAUCCUCAUGUGCUUCUCGGUGGACAGCCCGGACUCGCUGGAGAAUAUCCCCGAGAAGUGGGUGCCCGAGGUGAAGCACUUCUGCCCCAACGUGCCCAUCAUCCUGGUGGCCAACAAGAAGGACCUCCGCAAUGACGAGCACGUGCGCAACGAGCUGGCGCGCAUGAAGCAGGAGCCGGUGCGCACCGAGGACGGCCGCGCCAUGGCCGUGCGCAUCCAGGCCUACGACUACCUCGAGUGCUCGGCCAAGACCAAGGAGGGCGUGCGCGAGGUCUUUGAGACGGCCACUCGCGCCGCGCUCCAGAAGCGCUACGGCUCGCAGACGGGCUGCGUCAAUUGCUGCAAGGUGCUUUGAGCCCCCACGGCGCGGCCGAGCCCGCGGCGGACGCGCGGACGGACAAAGGCCGGGGCCCGACCGGAGGGCUCGUUGUCGGCGCACUGGCCCAGCCGCCGCUAGAGGCUGGGAGGGCUUCUGGGACCUAGCGCCGCCCCGGAGAGACUGGCGGGGUGGGGGCAGGGGUGCGGUGCGCUCGUGAGUGUGAGUGAGCGUGUGUAUGUGUGCACGGGCGCCCGGGCCCUGAUCACGGAGGAAGCAAGCCUCCCUCCAUCCCCGCCGCCCUCUGCCCUGAGCUCGGUGCGGGAGUGAGUGGGCACCGCCCCCGCCCGGCUGCUGAGCUCGGCGUUCCUCCCUCCUUUCUUCCCAAGCUCUCCGCCCGCCCCCCUCGAUGUUGGGCCUGGCUGUUCCUUGGGGGUGUGUCUCAAAUGCGGGUGGGGGGAUGGGGCGGGGGUGGGCACUGUUACAUAGUGAUAAAUAUAAUUUUAUUUUUUGGCAGUAGGAUCUGUGAAAGGCCUGCUCUUAUUUAAGGGGGAGGGGAGGGAAAGGGCGGGGAAGCAGCAGCUGAGUAGUUUGGGACCUCCCCUGGCCCUGCUGCCCGUGCCCUAUGGCGGGAUUGAACUGAUUUACAGCCCUGGAAAAUUGUGGCCGGGCCUGGAGCUCCCGGACGCCAGGGGCCGGGGGGGGGGGCG